AUGGAGUUUGAAAUAAUCAAGAGAGAAACCAUAAAACCAUCCUCUCCAACUCCCCAUUAUCUUAGAAACUUCAAGCUUUCACUUUUGGAUCAACUUGGUCCUGUUGCUUAUGAACCCCUGGUCCUCUUCUACCCCAAAAAUGGCAUUGCAACCCCCCAAAAAUCCGUCUGGAUCAUCAAGAAAUCACUGUCCGAAACCUUAACUCGCUUCUACCCGCUUGCCGGAAGAAUCAAAGGUAAAAUCUCCAUUGAUUGCAAUGACCAUGGGGUUGACUAUGUGGAAGCUAGAGUCAAUGGCCUUCUGUCUACCUUUCUCUCAAAACCAGAUGCUCAGACACUGAGAAAGCUCCUUCCUGUAGACGCAGAGUCACCUGAAGCAGGCAGGGGACCUCUGCUUCUUGUUCAGGCCAAUGUCUUUGAUUGUGGUGGAUUGGCAAUUGGGGUUUGUAUGUCACAUAAGUUGGCCGAUGCAGCCUCAUUGAGCACAUUCAUUCUGGCCUGGUCAGCCACUGCCCUUGGAUUUAGUCAAGCUCUACUUCCAGAUUUCUCUGCAUCGUUCCGAUUUCCACCAACUGAUCACGCCUCCUCAUUCCAGCAGUCUUCAGUGGAUGUGAAGAGAGUGAAUUGUGUGACAAAGAGGUUUGUUUUUUAUGCAUCCAAGAUUGCAGGUCUUAGGACUAAAGCGGCCAGUGCAAUCGUGGAUCAGCCUACGUGUGCCGAAGCUGUGACAGCCCUCAUCUGGAGAUGUGCAGCGGCUGCUGCAUCAAGAUCAUCAAGCUCACUGCAGUCUCCUAAGCUAUCUGUCUUGUCCCAAUCUGUGGACAUCCGCAAAAGGGUCUUGCCGCCGUUGUCAGAUGACUCAAUUGGGAACCUUGUGGGAUACUUCGCUGCACAUACAGAUGAGACUGAGUUGGACCUGCAAGGCUUGGUUGCAAAACUGAGGAAAGGAAUAAAAGAAUUGAGCAACAGUUAUGCCAAAAGACUUCAAAAAGAUCAGGCAUUGCAGGUGGUUUGUAAGUCUUUCAAAGAGGCAGAUGAGUUGAUCAAAAGAGAUGACAUUGUUAACUUUUAUGUGGGCACAGAUUUGUGUAAUUAUAAGUUAUUGUACGGGGUAAGUUUUGGGUGGGGAAAUCCAAUCUGGCUUAGUAAUGUCCCUGCUGCUUCAAACAAUAAUGUUGCCUCUUUGGUGAGCACAAGAGAGGAUGGUGGCAUAGAGGCUUGGGUGACUUUGAGUGAGGAAGACAUGGCUGCUUUUGAACAGGAUCAGGAACUUCUUGCUUUUGCUUUCAUGAAUCCAAGUGUCUUAGAAGUAGAACCCAUUACAAGGAAGUCUGCUCUGUAA